AACCGAUCACGGUCUUUGGCCUCCUCCCCCCUCUCGUUCUCUCACUCUUCGUUGGAAAUCGGACCUCGAAGGAUGGAGCGAAGCGCCGAGGCUUCCAGACGCAUUGCGAGGAUCUCCUCCCACCUUCAGCCUCCCAGUUCCCAGAUGGAGGAGAUCUCCUUGCUGAGGCGUUCGAAUUGCCGUUCUAAAGGAGGGGCACCUGGAUUUAAGGUGGCAAUUUUGGGUGCCGCUGGUGGGAUAGGUCAGCCUCUUGCAUUGCUGAUGAAGAUGAAUCCUCUGGUGUCGGUUUUGCAUCUCUAUGAUGUUGUCAACACACCUGGUGUCACUGCAGACAUCAGUCAUAUGGACACUGGUGCUGUGGUACGUGGCUUUUUGGGUCAGCCUCAACUGGAAAGUGCACUUAUUGGAAUGGACCUUGUCAUCAUUCCUGCUGGUGUUCCCAGAAAGCCAGGAAUGACAAGGGAUGAUUUGUUUAACAUCAAUGCAGGGAUUGUGAGAACACUUUGUGAGGGAAUUGCUAAAUGGUGCCCUAAUGCAAUUGUGAAUGUGAUCAGCAAUCCAGUAAACUCUACUGUUCCUAUUGCAGCGGAGGUUUUUAAGCAAGCUGGAACCUAUGAUCCCAAGCAUCUUUUGGGAGUGACAACUCUUGAUGUAGUGAGAGCCAAUACAUUUGUGGCAGAAGUACUGGGAAUUAACCCCAGGGAGGUCAGUGUUCCUGUGGUUGGUGGCCAUGCAGGAGUUACAAUAUUACCUCUCCUGUCACAAGUUAAUCCUCCAUAUUCAUUCACCACAGAAGAAAUUAGAUAUCUGACUGAUCGCAUUCAGAAUGGGGGAACAGAAGUAGUUGAGGCAAAAGCUGGGGCAGGCUCUGCAACCUUGUCAAUGGCAUAUGCUGCUGCUAAAUUUGCUGAUGCUUGCUUGCGGGGAUUGCGAGGUGAUGCUGGUAUCGUCGAAUGCUCAUUUGUUGCUUCUCAGGUGACAGAGCUACCCUUCUUUGCGUCAAAAGUGAGGUUAGGUCGGAGCGGAGCUGAGGAGAUCUUCCCUCUUGGACCAUUAAAUGAGUUUGAAAGGGCUGGCUUGGAGAAGGCAAAGAAAGAGCUGGCAGGAAGCAUUCAAAAGGGUGUGUCUUUCAUUAGGAAAUGAAAUGGUUGAAUCAAGUCUUAAAAAAGUUCUGUAUACCUGCAUUUCCAUGCUGGAGAAAUAACUCUGCUAGUGUCAUAAUUCUGCUGCAUGAUCUUUUGGAGGAAUGUAGUGCAAAUAAUUUCUUAUGAGACUGCAUGGAAUUUGAACGAGAGACGUUUUCGGAGGAAAUAUGUUUGCUUCUAU